ACGAAACUGAAGCCUGUCAGUGUUCGUGGUAAAAUGGCAGAAGCCAGUUCAGCACUGGAUCCGAACCAGUUCAGCUGUCCAAUCUGUCUGGAUCAACUAAAGGAUCCAGUGACUACAGCCUGUGGACACAGUUACUGUAUGAACUGCAUUAAGAGCUACUGGGAUCAGGAGGAUCAUCUUGGAGUUUACAGAUGCCCCCAGUGCAGACAUACUUUCAUACCCAGACCUGUUCUGUACAGAAACACCAUACUGGCUGAAGUGAUAGAGAAACUGAAGAAGACUGGACUACAAACAGCUACUCCUGCUGACCAUUAUGCUGGACCUGGAGAUGUGGAGUGUGACGUCUGUACUGGGAGAAAACACAAAGCUGUCAAGUCCUGCCUGGUGUGUCUGGCCUCUUACUGUGAAUCUCACCUCCAGCCUCACUAUGAGUCUCCAGCUUUUAAGAAGCACAAGCUGACUGAUGCCACUGGACAUCUGCAGGACAAGGUCUGUUCCCAGCAUGACAAACCCCUGGAGGUCUAUUGCUGUACCGACCAACAGUGUAUCUGUUAUCUUUGUACGAUGGAUGAACACAGAGGCCAUGAUACAGUCUCAGCUGUUGCAGGAAGGACGGAGAUACAGAAACAAAUGCGAGAAACACAGGAGGAAUUUCAGCAGAGAAUUCAGACGAGAGAGAAGGAGCUGCAGGAGCUGAGAGAGGCUGUGGGCUCAUUCAGAAGUUCAGCACAGUCAGCAGUGGAGGACAGUGAGAGGAUCUUCACUGAGAUGAUCCGCUCCAUUGAGAGAAGACGCUCUGAGGUGACAAAGCUGAUCAGAGAUCAGGAGAAGGGUGCAGUGAGUCAGGCUGAGAGAGACAUGGAGAGACUGAAGCAGGAUAUUGAUGAACUGAAGAGGAGACACUCUGAGCUGGAGCAGCUUUCACACACAGAGGAUCACAUCCAUUUCCUCCAGAGGUGCCAGAGUCUUCCUGUUGUCCCUGAAGCUGGAUUUGGACCCAGAAUCUCUGUCUAUCCACGCCGGUCUUUUGAGAACGUGAGGAAGAUGGUUUCUGAACUGAAAGAUCUACUGGAAAUUAGUUGGGAAAAGAAAAUGGCUGAGAUCCAUCCCACAGUUACCAAAGACGCGAUCUCACCGGUAUUAGUGCCCAGGACCAGAGCAGAAUUCUUGCAAUACUCCUGCCAGCUGACGCUGGACCCCAACACAGCAAACAGACGCCUGUCUCUGUCAGAGGGGAACAGGAAGGUGACACGGGGGGCAGAGCAGCCAUAUCCUGAUCAUCCAGAGAGAUUUGACUGGUGGCCCCAAGUUCUGUGCAGAGAGAGUCUGACUGGUCGCUGUUACUGGGAGGCUGAGUGGAGUGGAGAAGAAGCCUGGAUAGGAGUGACUUAUAAAGGAAUUGGGAGGAAAGGAGACAGUGUUAACUGUGAACUUGGAGCCAAUGACAAGUCAUGGAGUCUGUGCUGUGAUCUUGAUUGCUACUCUGUCUGUCAUAAUAAUAAACAUACUGUCAUACCUAUAGAGCCCUCAGGCUCCCGCAGAGUAGGAGUGUAUCUGGACCAGGCGGCUGGUACUCUGUCCUUCUACAGAGUCUCCUCUGAUGGACUGACCCUCCUGUACAGCUUCACCUCCUCAUUCACUGAACCCCUCUACCUAGGGUUUUGGGUUUAUACAAACUCCUCUGUUCUGGCCUCAAUCCAAAACCACAUCUACUGCAAAUCAUACCUACUGCAGAAGCAGGAAGUUCCUCUCACUCUCACACACAGACGACUGAGAGAGAAAACGAAACUGAAACCUAUCAGGGUUUCUGGUAAAAUGGCAGAAGCCAGUAUUGCAGUAGAUCCGAACCAGUUCUGCUGUCCAAUCUGUCUGGAUCAACUGAAGGAUCCAGUGACUAUAGCCUGUGGACACAGUUACUGUAUGAACUGCAUUAAGAUCUGCUGGGAUCAGGAGGAUCAUGCUGGAGUUUACAGAUGCCCCCAGUGCAGACAGACCUUCACACCCAGACCUCUUCUGUACAGAAACACCAUACUGGCUGAAGUGAUGGAGAAACUGAAGACUGGACUACAAGCAGCUACGCCUGCUGACCAUUAUGCUGGACCUGGAGAUGUGGAGUGUGAUUCCUGUACUGGGAGAAAACGCAAAGCUGCCAAGUCCUGCCUCGUGUGUCUGGUCUCUUACUGUGAAACUCACCUCCAGCCUCACUAUGAGUCUCCAGCUUUUAAGAAGCACAAGCUGACUGAGGCCACCGGACAUCUGCAGGACAAGGUCUGUUCCCACCAUGACAAACCCCUGGAGGUCUACUGCCAUACCGACCAGCAGUGUAUCUGUCUGCUGUGUGUGAUGGAUGAACACAGAGGCCAUGAUACAGUCUCAGCUGCUACAGGAAGGACAGAGAUACAGAAACAAAUGGGAGAAACACAGAAGGAAUUUCAGCAGGGAAUUCAGAUGAGAGAGAAGGAGCUGCAGGAGCUGAGAGAGGCUGUGGGCUUAUUCAGAAGCUCAGCACAGUCAGCAGUGGAGGACAGCAAGAGGAUCUUCACUAAGAUGAUCCACUCUAUUGAGAGAAGACGGUCUGAGGUGACAAAGCUGAUCAGAGAUCAGGAGAAGACUGCAGUGAGUCAGGCUGAGAGAGACAUGGAGAGACUGAAGCAGGAGAUUGAUGAACUGAAGAGGAGACACUCUGAGCUGGAGCAGCUUUCACACACAGAAGAUCACAUCCAUUUCCUCCAGAGGUGCCAGGAUCUUACUGUCGUUCCUGAAGCUGGAUUUGGACCCAGAAUCUCUGUCUAUCCACACUGCUCUUUUGAGAACGUGAGGAAGGUGGUUUCUGAACUGAAGGAUCAACUGGAAAAUGUUUGUGAAAAGAAAACAGCAGAGAUCCAUUAUACAGUUACCAAAGACACCGUCCUAUCAGCAUUAGGGCCCAGGACCAGAGCAGAAUUCUUACAAUACUCCUGCCAACUGACUCUGGACCCCAACACAGCAAACAGCCUCCUGUCUCUGUCAGAGGGGGACAGGAAGGUGACAUGGGGGGCAGAGCAGCCAUAUCCUGAUCAUCCAGAGAGAUUUGACUACUGGACCCAAGUUCUGUGCAGAGAGAGUCUGACUGGUCGCUGUUACUGGGAGGCUGAGUGGAGUGGAGAUGCAGCCUGGAUAGGAGUGACUUAUAAAGGAAUCAGGAGGAAAGGAGAGAGUACUGACUGUGUGCUUGGAUUCAAUGACAAGUCAUGGAUGCUGCGCUGCUCUCCUGACAGUUACUCUGUCCAUCACAAUAAUAACCAGACUGACAUACGCAUAGAGCCCUCAGGCUCCCGCAGAGUAGGAGUGUAUCUGGACUGGGGGGCUGGUACUCUGUCCUUCUACAGAGUCUCCUCUGAUGGACUGACCCUCCUGUACAGCUUCACCUCCUCAUUCGCUGAACCCCUCUAUCUAGGGUUUUGGGUUUAUAAAAACUCCUCAGUGUCCCUGUGCAUGCUGGGGUAGCUCACUGUGUGUUGGAGGAAUCAUUUUUACCUUAUCAGAGUGUCACAUGUCGCUGCUUCUCCGUGGCAAAAAGGUAAAAUCUCUGCUUUUUAACCAGUAUAACCCUUUUUACUCUGUCUGAAGUGUGACGUAUGUUAGACAAAAUAAGUGACUGGGUUCAGGAAACUGAACAAACAUGCAAAAUGACUGUUUUUCUCUCCGAUUAAAAUAUAAUGAAAUGUAAUCCUGAUUGGGGGGGUUCCCCUCCGCUGUAUUUGUACAUUUUAUAUAUUUCUGUAUGUAUAUUGUAUUUGUUACCUUUACACUGACAAUAAAGGCUUCAUAUUCUA